GACCAGACUGAGCAGCAGUGAGACCAGACUGAGCAGCAGUGAGUCCAAGAUCGAGACGCUGAUGUCUCUGGAAACUCGACUGUCUGCCACCGAGAGCAAAACAAGUGACCUAGAGACAGAGAACGCAGUCCAAGCUGCAGACCUGAUGUCUUUGGAAACUCGACUGACUGCCUCCGAGAGCAAAACAAGUGACCUAGAAACAGAGAUCGCAGAGCUGCAGACCAGACUGAGCAGCAGUGAGAGUGAACUUCUCAUCAGCAAGUCCAAGAUCGAGACUCUGGAGAGAGAAAAUGCAGAGAGGAAGGUGGCCUUUUACACAGCUCUGACUGAUGCACGAGAUGUUGGACCGUUCGACUCAUCCACCACACUGAAAUACAGUUUCUUCACAGCUCCAGUCAGAGGGGUCUACUACUUCCAGUUCACUGCGUGUGGUUACCAAGCAGGUUACAUGGGUGUACAGGUGUACAAGAACAACCAGAUGAUCAUGUUCAAUGAUGAGUUAAAUGAUGGGUCAUAUCUUAAAUACUUGACUAACUCUGUUGUCUUGGAGCUGAUGGCAGGAGAUGAAAUCCACCUCGUUCUCCCAUCAGGCUAUCAUCUCUUUGACAAUCACAACAACAUCAGCACCUUCAGUGGCUCCCUCCUCUUCACACUGUGA